AUGGAAGGCAGCAGUAGUAACAGUGCAGUAGGCAGAGCACUAAUGUACAAUUAUGCUUCAUCAUCAUCUGAGACCCAGCAGAAUAAUCUUUUCCAACAACAAUCAUCUCCAUUGGCUUCCCCAAACGGCAAUUUCAGUAAUUCUAAUGGCGCCGGCGGCAUCCAAAUCCCCAGAUCUGAUUAUCACCACCACCACCACAAUCACCAUAUGAAUCCUUACCCAACAACCUUCGUCCAGGCAAAUACCUCAACUUUCAAGCAAGUCGUCCAAAUACUCACCGGAUCCGCCGACACAGCCAAACAAGCCUCCUCUCCAAGACCUCAAGAUCCUCCACCACCGCCGCAGGCGGUGAGGGGCAGCGCCAAUUUCCCCAUUCCUCCGAUCAAAAGCAUACCCAACAAGAAACAGCAGCAGCAGCAACAACUCUACGAGAGGAGGAGAAACAGCUUCAAGCGCCGCAGCCUCAUGAUCAAUACUCUGCUUCCGGCCGCCGGCCGGUUCACCUUCCAUUCCAAUCUCAUCUCGUCUAUCUCCCCGUCCUCCGCCUCCGCCGCGGAGAUCUUGUCACCGAGCUUGCUGGAUUUCCCCAAGCUGACGCUGAGCCCAGUGACUCCGUUGAAUCAAGAUCCGUUCUUCCACAACAAUAACAAUUCAUCGUCGCCCUGCCCCUCGUCGGCGGGGAACUGCAGCAGUAGCAGCAGCUCGUCGUCGCCGUUGGAGGAGGAGGACCGGGCGAUUGCGGAAAAGGGGUUUUAUCUGCAUCCCUCGCCGAGAGGAUCCGAGCCUCAGCUGCUGACGCUGUUCCCUCUGACGUCGCCGAGGGCGGCGGAAUCGCAGCCUCCGGAGCCCUGA